UGGGAAAUGUAGUCUGGCGACUCCGCCCUCCCCGCCAUUCCGGUAAUGGCUGCUCCCAGGAAGGUGGUGUCACGUGUCACCUCUUAGCCUCGGGACCCGGAGCUCCAGGAAGGAACAGUUCGGAUAGAACUUUAUCCAUUCCAUUUCCUUGGAACCUUUGGACCUCAGGACCUCAACAUCAUGACCUCCAUUUCUGCACAGAUGCUGGUAGUCUUCAUUUCACUGCUUUUGGUUCUGCCUGGCGUGGAAGCAGUAGAAGCCGGAGAUGCAAUUGCUCUCUUAUUAGGUGUAGUUCUCAGCAUCACAGGCAUUUGUGCUUGCUUAGGGGUGUAUGCGAGAAAGAGAAAUGGACAGAUGUGACUUUUGUAAGGCUCCUUGGAAGGCAGACUUCACCCUGACACCCUCAAAACCUUUACUGAACAUUGAUCUUCAAAGUUCCCGGCAAACCUAAAUAGGAUGAUUUCACAUUUGUAGUCUUUUCCCAUACAAUGGGAGCAAAUAGAGAUAUAUUAAAUGUGGUGGGGGAGGAAUUUUUAUAACAAAUAAUGCACUAAAAAAAUGCAGCCUGUCAUUUAUAUUCGCUGCUUAAAAAAACAAAGAAGAAAGAAAGAGGGCUUAAGUUUGUAUAAAUAAUAUUUCAUAAGCAUUUUCAAAGCAUGUGAAGUGGAAAGAAGGAAGCUUUGUUCCAGAAUCUGGCAAAACACCAUGGUUUAGUUAUAAUCACUGCCUCCUGAAUUGUUGAGGAACUCUUUACUCAAUGUUUGUAUUAGAUUACUUUUGUUUUAUCUGUUAAAGUUAAUAUUUUACUUAGAUAUUGAAUAGCCAAAAAUUGAAACUUUUAUCUCUGGGGUGGGGAAGGGGAA